CUAGAAAUAACCCCGCGCGACCAUCGAUUAUGCAUCGAAUAAUGCCAGUCAUGCACGUAUCUAAUCGCGCACACAUAUGUGUACGUGUGGGUCCCAUGAUAAGAAACAAACAAUCUCUUCUACGUGGCCACGUGCGUCACUGGAGCACUGAGCAGGUUCACUAACUUCGACUUGCACGUUACGAGACGUGUCGAUUGUUAUCGACUGUCAUUUCUCUCGUGGCGGUAGAAAAGUAUUUAUGAACAAUGUUACGACGGAGUCGUUAUUUGCUGAGGCAUUUUCGGCCCUCCGUGAGAUUUUAUCAUGAGGAAGCGUCCGUCAUCGGCAGCACGCCGGACACCAGUUCGCUAGUUUAUCAGGAUAAUUACGCGCAAAUGAAAAAUCUUGUUGAUCAGUUGAAAGACACUGUGGAGAAGAUAGUUGAGGGUGGCGGGCAGAAAGCCAGGGACAGACAUGUAAGCAAAGGGAAGCUCUUACCUCGGGAACGAAUAAAUACUCUUUUAGAUAAGAAUUCGCCUUUCUUAGAGUUCUCGCAAUUGGCGGGUUACGAGAUGUAUGGUAAGGACGAAGUGCCGGCGGGAGGAAUUAUUACUGGCAUCGGAAGAGUAGAAGGCACCGAAUGUGUAAUACUUGUAAACGAUAGUACUGUAAAGGGUGGUUCAUAUUACCCCAUCACGGUCAAGAAGCAUUUACGAGCACAAGAAAUUGCAGAGGAAAAUAGAUUAACUUGCAUAUAUCUGGUCGACAGUGGUGGUGCAAAUUUGACCAAACAGGCUGAUGUUUUUGCCGAUAAAAUGCACUUUGGCAGAUCUUUCUAUAAUCAAGCAAACAUGAGCGCCAAAGGGAUAGCCCAAAUCGCAGUGGUUAUGGGAAGUUGCACAGCAGGUGGUGCAUACGUUCCUGCUAUGGCGGACGAAAGUAUUAUAGUUGGCAAUCAAGGUACAAUAUUUCUGGCUGGCCCACCACUGGUAAAGGCUUCAACGGGUGAAGAGGUUUCAGCAGAAGACUUGGGAGGAGCCGCGCUUCAUUGUCGGCAAUCUGGCGUAACCGAUCACUACGCGAUAGACGACACGCAUGCUUUGUAUCUUGCACGUCGAGUUGUGAAAGAUUUAAAUCUGCAACAGUCUAUGGAUGUAAAAAUCAGUAAAAACAUUGAGCUGCCCGUCCACGCCAUCGAUGACAUCUAUGGCAUCGUCGGAGUGAAUCUGAAACGUCCGUACGAUGUAAAGGAAGUCAUCGCGAGGAUCGUGGACGGGUCAAAAUUCCACGAAUUUAAAGCGCAAUACGGCGAAACCUUGGUCACUGGAUUCGCCAAAAUUUACGGCUAUCCUGUUGGCAUAAUUGCGAACAACGGUGUAUUGUUUUCGGAAAGUGCUCUAAAGGGAACUCACUUUGUACAGCUUUGCACUCGAAGAAAAAUCCCUCUUAUCUUUCUGCAAAAUAUUACAGGAUUUAUGGUGGGUAGAGAUGCAGAAUUAGGUGGUAUCGCAAAAAAUGGCGCUAAAAUGGUAACAGCGGUAGCAUGCGCGCAGGUGCCGAAAAUCACAGUGAUAAUCGGGGGUUCCUACGGAGCUGGGAAUUUCGGAAUGUGUGGUCGAUCUUACUCCCCGCGUUUCCUUUACUCCUGGCCAAACGCUAGAAUAUCUGUAAUGGGAGGAGAGCAAGCAGCGAGCGUAUUAGCGCAAAUCACGAGGGAGCAACGUGAGAGAGAAGGCAAACAGUGGACUCAAGAAGAAGAAGAGAAUCUCAAAAAUCCAAUUAUAAAACAGAUUGAGAAAGAAGGCAAUCCAUAUUACUCCAGUGCUAGAGUUUGGGAUGAUGGUGUGAUUGAUCCGGUGGACACGCGAGUCGUACUCGGCUUGAGUUUGUCAGCGAGUCUGAACGUGCCUAUAUCUGACACUAAAUUCGGUAUUUUCCGAAUGUAAUACCAAGUACCAAAACGAGUGAAAGUAUAUCUUGAAAGUACCCCACGUUAUUGUUAAGCUUUAUGUUUUUUUUUUAUAUCUGAUAUAUAUACAUAUAUAUGUAUACAUGCGCCAAAAAUUAUAUUUUGUAA